AUAUAAACCAAGAUGAUUUGGCUCGUUCGCGGCUUACGCGCACACGCCAAACCCUCUCCGACGAUGAUGAGAGGAGUGUGGCUGAUGGGGAUGUAAGCGACUUGCUAAUUCAAUUGAUUGCGGGCAAGUCGGAGAAGACCACGCACCAAGAAGAACAGGAGACGAAAAAUGAACUGCAGUUACAAAACGAACUCGCACGUGAGAUAG